AUGUGGAAUCCUAUUUUACUAGAUACUUCUAGUUUUUCAUUCCAAAAACAUGUGUCUGGUGUGUUCCUUCAAGUGCGUAAUGCCACCAAAAGGGCUGCGGGCUCGAGAACAAGUAUGAAGGAUUCUGCAGGAAGAAGGUUAGGACCAAAAAAAUAUGAAGGCCAGGAUGUUUCCACAGGUGAAAUUAUUAUGAGGCAAAGAGGAACAAAGUUUUAUCCUGGAGAAAACGUUGGUAUAGGGAAAGAUCAUUCCAUAUUCGCCUUAGAACCUGGUGUUGUUCGUUACUAUCUUGAUCCUUUUCAUCCUAAAAGAAAAUUCAUUGGUGUUGCCUUGAGGCGUGAUUUGAAACUGCCAUCUCCUCAUUUUGAGCCUACCGUAAGGAGGUUUGGCCGUUUUGAGUUAACAAAUAAAAGGGCAGCAUAUAAGGAAGAAAAUUCUAUUUCUAGAAAAGACUAUCUCGCAAAACCUAAUAUUUUGAAGCAGUUAGAGGUCAGGGAAUCUAAAAGAAAGGAGUUACAAGACAAGUUGAGUAAGGUUCUUCGGGAUGAACUUAAGUUAGAUAUAAAAGACAUCGAAUUGGCAACGUCAUACUUAAUUCGUGUAAGGGCUUCCCUGAAGAAUGGAUACCCCAUAGAAGAUGCAAGGUUCAAUAGUAGAUAUUAUUUAAAAGAAGAAGAGCGUUUGAAGGCAAGGAGAGAAAGCUGGACGAAUGAGAAAUUGUCGGAGAGUCUAUCCAAGAUUGAUGAGUGUAGUGAUCUUUUGAACUCAUCUACAUCUUUCAAUAACAAGCUAGAGCUACACCAGUAUAUUUCGGAACAAGAAAAACAAGCUUUGAAGGCAAAACUAUUAGAGGACCUAGAAAAAUCCCAACACUUAGAAACCAAAAAAGACAAGAAUUAUAUUAAGGCGCUUUUCAAGGACGCUUGUAAUUUUUUGACUUUAUCUGAAGAAGUACAUUUGCGUAGGAAAUACUUAAAGUCGGUCUUCCCCGAAACAGAUAGUACGGUUGAAACCAAAAGCGGGAAGAAGUCAAUUGUGUCUAGACGUUUUGAUUACACCAAAAAUAAAGUUGAAGUCAUUGCUAGAAGUAGGCGGGCUUUUUUGAGCAAGCUUUGA